CGUUCAACCUGAUUCAAGUAGCAAAAUAUACCCCACUUCAAAUAUGUCAAAAUAUAACUCCGACACGAAAACCUAUUCAGGUCCAGUGCUCCCCGGCAUUUUCAAUCCCGAAGCAAAUCUCGGGAAAAUUAUUUUGGAUAUGCUUUCCAGGACUCCUUCCAAAGUUAUUCAAAUCAAUGCCGACACAGGAUACGAAAUGAGCUGCGCCGAAAUGAAGCAACGAUGUGUCCGCGUGGCACUCAACCUUCGAAAGUUUGGCUACCAGCAGGGUGAUUUGGUAACGCUUGCUUGCAUCAACACUGACAAUGUGGUUCCGGUGUACGUUGGGUGCUUGAUAUUAGGGCUGGUUGUGAACCCUUUGGCGCCGGUAUUCAAUAAGGAUGAUUUGGGUCACAUGAUGCGCUUGACGCAAUCGAAAGUUGUGUUCUGUGAUGAGAGCAAUAGGAAAACAGUGGAGGAGGCGGCUAAUGAAGCUAUUCGUAUUAAACCAAGGGUCUACAUAAUGGAGAGUGGCGUCGAAGGUGCUUUAUCUGUGGCAGAACUUCUGACUGCAGUAGAGGACGAAGACAGCUUUGAAGCUCCAUACCUAGGAGAUUCGAAGACUGUUAUGGGAGCGGUCUUAUGCUCCUCGGGUACUACGGGUCGACCAAAAGGUGUUUGCUAUUCGCAUGCUCAUCUCAUCGAAGCUGAACUUUUCGCGGAAACACUGAACGCGGGACCGAUCUUCAGCUUCAGUCAGUUGUUUUGGUUAACCGGACUACUGGCAGUACACACAUCAUUGCUGUGCUCCCGAGCACGCGUUAUAACAUCGAAGUCUUUUAACGCCGACGUGUUCUAUUCAGUCAUUGAAAAUUACAAAAUCGAAGACACGUUUACUCCACCAGCUUGCAUAGAGGCUGUUCAGAAUCAUCCAAGAUACAAGUCGGCGGACUUCAGCAGAUUGAAUCGAUGGACCAUCGGAGGAGCUCCAGUCUCGGCGGACAUCUUGCGUAGUCUAGCGCAGCGUUUCCAAAACACUGACGUCAAACCCAUCUACGGAUGUUCUGAAGUGGGCCUCAUUGUAUCAGCUAUGAUGCCAUUUCAGAUUGGAUCUGUCGGUUCGCUAGCCAAUAAUGUGACUGCCAAAAUUGUCGAUGACGAUGGACAGAAUCUCGGACCAAAUGAAAGAGGGGAAAUUCGCGCCAGAUUCAAACACCAAUUCAUGGGAUACCUUAACAAUGCACAAAUGACGGUGGAAGCCAGCGACGAUGAAGGAUUUUUCAAAACCGGUGAUGUCGGCUAUUUCGACUCGGAUGGGUUUCUUUACGUGGUCGACCGCAUCAAAGACAUCAUCAAGUACAUGAACUUCCAGAUAUCGCCGUCGGAUUUGGAGGAAGUUAUACUGAAAAUCGACGGUGUCAAACAGGUGUGCGUUGCUGGCGUUCCAACGGCAGAUCACUCGUCCGAUUUGCCGACGGCAAUGGUUGUACUUCAAUCGGGCUCUCGAUUGAAGGAGAAAGACAUAGUUAAGGCGGUCGAUCGACAAGUCGGUGACUACAAGCGUCUUCGUGGGGGAGUAUUUUUCGUCGAUCGCUUACCGCUGUCGCCUGCAGGGAAAAUUCUUCGCAGAGUGGUUAGAGAUAUGAUUAUCGAAAAGAAGAACUUGAAAUGAUUUGCUUUAGCUUUUUUGUUAUUCACAACAAGUGGAACAAUUGU